GUGUGUGACUUAUAAAAGAGUACUAUUUUCAGCCGGUUCCCAAUCCAUUUAGCUGCGGUGCGUCGAGUGUGAAGGUUGUCCGCCGGAGACGAGCCCACGAAGUUUUGACCAGUUCUGUGAUUGUGUGUUAUAAUAAAAAAAAAACAGCGGUCAUUUGUUAUUAUUGGUGCUGAUAAUACGUGUUGAACCGUAUUGUGGGUUUUUGUGUGAGCUAUUUCGGUGUGACCCCUACUCGUUGUUUGCACCAGACUGUGAUAACAAGACCAAAAUUGAUACUGUUGCGAAGAAGCGUUUGCAAAUUCUUAAGUGUGCAAUAAAGGCAAGGUUAUCAACAGUGCGCAGAAAUCUGCUGUUACCAAGUGACUUGGAUUUUUGGAGUAUAAAUAGAAUAUAAAUAAGAGUUCACACCGUACACGAUGGACAACUUGAGAAAUCUGUUUGGUCAAGUGUCGACGCUGGCGUCGUCCAAGACGAAUUCUACGGUUCCGGCCAACGGAACGUCCACCAGUGCCGGAUCGCACAAUCCCGGACUGAACCCGGGCGAGCGGCAACGGUCCAUCAGUGGAGACUUUUCCAGCAUGGACACCCAUCAGAACCGUACGAUGAAGCAGUACAAAACUGCCGACCGGGACAGCUACUACUACAUCAUGUGGCGUUCGUAGACUACUGCUGGAGGGCUGACUCGAACGAGCACCAACAGUGAUUAUAACUUGUAACCCUACAAUUUGCUACGUAACGCGUGUGCCUUGCGACUACACUACUUUUUUUUUCUUGUAACGACAUAUAUAAGAAAAUCAAACUCACUACUCCAUCAUGAUACUGUCGGUGAUUGGCGCUACCUCUCUCUGGCUGAUAGUGAUAUGGGCUGCCCUGCUGGUAUUCUUCAGCCCGGUUCUGUUCGUGGUCAGUGUGUGUCUGCCGGAGCUUCCUCUGCUACUGAUACGGAGACUACACUACGUUCCGUUCGAUGCGGUUUAGCGACAAGGCCCUAUAAGCAAUAGUUCUUAUCCCUCGCCAUAGAGACUUUAAAAGCUACACCCAAGUCCCGAAUGCCAAAUCUCGUCAAUAUCUUGUAAACAUGUGAUUAUCAUCAUUGAAUAGUUAACGAUCACUUAAGAGGAAAAUAACCAUCAUCGUUCUUCAAAUUUUCAAAACCAGUUUUUUUCGCUCAAAGUUUAAGCAAUGUUCAAGAAAAUCUAUCAUUGCAUUGCACUGGCUAUCUAUAAUGCGAUGAUAGAUUUUCAUAAGAAUAUCUUCAAAUUUGAACGAAAAAACUGGUUUUUAAUUUUCGAUGAUUGCUGAUGACUGAAUGAUGGAUUCUUGAGCCUUAAGCUCAUCACACAGUGUGUAGUCACGAGAAAAUAGGAGACUGCUGUAUUUAUUGUAUUCGAGUAUUAUAAUAAGAUAUUUUCCUCUCCUAUUGAGAUUGAAAUUUGUAUCUUUCUGGAACUCCUCGAAGCUGACCGCAUCGCUUUCGGAAGCAUGGAUAUACUUUUCUAAAUUCUCAUUUUGAAAUUAUGAUUUUGAGUUUUUUUUAUCGUUUAUAAGGCUUAUUUUUUUUACGGGUACCAAUAGACGCAUUUAUAUCCUGGAAAACGGUUAGGCACAAAUUGGAAAUUAUGCGUUCAAAAUUUGUUGACGGCACCUUUUCUGUGGUUGAUUGUAAGCUCAUUUAGGAUUAAGGUCAUUAGAAUGUAAGGAUUUUUUUACAUGAAUGUAUAUUUUUGAUGUCGUAUUGUAUUGAAGCGAGAUAAAUAAAGACAAUAAAUGUAAUUUACAACAA